AUGGCGGACAUGGUUAGUGUCUAUAUGAGCACCCCUCCGAUCGCCAGGUCGAUCGCGACGGCGGUGUUCCUCUGUUCUGUAGGAGUCUACACAGGCAUGCUAAAUAUCGAGCCCUUCAUAUUCCACUAUUCGCGGCUCAUCCGAUUCCCACCCACUCUAUAUCUAAUCAUAACGAGUUUCCUUUUAACAGGAUCUGGGAUGGCUGUGUUGUUUGAUACCUACUUCGUUUUCACAUAUCUGAGCCAGCUCGAGACGGGUAACUCGAAGUUUUCAAAGAAGGAGGACAUGAUAUGGUACCUCUUCUUCAUCGCUAGCAUUACUGCUAUGACGGUUCCUGAAGAUGAGGAAGAUCACCCCUGCACUCCUUUGAAUGCGCUCUUCACAGGUGGCUUCAUGUUACUACAAGCGCUACUUAUCGCAUUAUGCUACACGGCGACACAGGAUCAGCGAGGGAUGAACGCACACUUCUACGUUAUCACUAUUCCCGCGCAGCUUAUGCCUUAUUGCCUUCUGAUCGUACAGCUUCUUUUCCCGAACGGCUGGGAGAAUUUGAAGAUUGGAUUGACUGGCCUAGUCGCCGCUCAUCUCCACGACUUUCUCACUCGGAUAUAUCCCGAGUUUGGACAUGGUCCAAAUCUAAUUCCCACGCCGCGAUUCCUUUCGUGGAUCAUGAGCACACCUCGUGUCCAGAAUACUGUUUACGGGCAGUCGGUUUCCCCCUCUACCGGUGGAGGAAGGACUGGUCCUCUGCCAGAUUCGUGGCGGACUCAGGGACCUGGACGACGUCUGGGUUAA